ACCCUUCAUAUCUAUAUGAAAGGAUAUUUCCUUAGUUUCCUUCCCUUCUUUCUUCCCAAAUCUCUCAAGAACCAGAAGCCCCCAAAUAUUCGGCUGCAGCAAUGCCCCACCUACUCCUCCACUAUCACCUUCCAAUUACAACCGUCCAUCUCAGAUGUUCUUUCCCCUCACCUAAACCAACGGCCCAUAUUCACCUACGCUCCAAUCCAACAACAGGCGCGACCGUAAAGUGCAUGGCCAAUCCUAGGAGAGUUAAAAUGGUAUCGAAACAGAUAAGGAGAGAGCUUUCGGAUAUGCUCUUAACUGACAAAGUGUUGCAAUACGCUAUAUUGCCUGAAGCCGCCUUAGGAGCCGACCGCUACCUCUCUUCCCUUACUACCAUAAGUGAUGUUGAAGUUUCAGCUGAUUUACAGGUUGUUAAAGUGUAUGUAUCUGUUUUUGGUGAUGAGAGAGGGAAGGAGAUUGCGCUUGCCGGAUUGAAGUCAAAAGCUAAAUAUGUUAGAAGUGAGCUGGGGAAGCGUAUGAAGUUGCGGCUUACGCCAGAGAUACGUUUUAUCGAAGAUGAAUCUCUGGAGAGGGGAAGCAGGGUAAUUGCCAUAUUAGAUAAAAUAAAGGCGGAGAAAAAGACUUUGGCAGAUGAAGAUUAUGAAGAAGAAGCUGAAUCAUCUGUUUCGGCUCAAGAUGACAGGGACUGGGAGAGUGAUGACCCCGAUGAAGAUAUUAUUUACGUAAAGUAGUCACCUUGCUUUCUCUCAGCAUUUCUUCAGGGCUGAAUGAAGUAGUUGUAGUAACAUUUUUGCAGGUUUGUUUCUCCUUGGGAAUUUAGUUAUGCUUUGUUCAAUGGUGUUGGAGGUUGAUCUCUUUCCUUGAACCCAGGCUCUCUUACUUGAUUCUUAGUUUACUAGUCUAAGGGUAUAUAGCAUAAAACCUUAUGACUGGAAGGUGAAUGUACAAUUCAAGUCAUUUUCGGUAAAAUAUGGUUGGUUCAUGAUAGGAUUUUGAAAACCUCAUCCUUGUUAUGCUGAAAGUUGGAAACUUAGAGUGCUUAGACUUGAGAAUGGUGUCCCUGAGACAUGGACAUUGGCAGUGAUUAACGGUGGGGUACAUGAUAAGAUGAUUACGGUCAUCUCAGAAUAUCCACAUAUUUUGAGAUUGCACAAAAUACUUGACAUUCAACAGCAUCUCUAAGGCAUGUUUUCCAUUUUGCAUAACUGCUUAGCUGUUGGUUUAUGAAUGAUUACUUGUUUGAAGCAUUUAUUAAUGUAUUGCAGUGUAGAAUUUCCAAACAAGUCUUCUCAUUCGGUGCCUCCAUGCUAGCUGAAUCUCUAUAAAAAAUUUGGCCUUGUUGGUUUCACUUUUUCAUUCUUGUGCAAUAUACAUCAUAUAAUGAUCAAUUUAUAAACGCUGAAUGGUAGUCUAGAUUGAGAAUUCCGGAUGCUAAUUGCUAAGAGUACUUGAAACUGAUAAUUUUUAUGAAGUUGCUAUGUAAAUAUGUUUCUGCUCAACGAUUAGUUCUUUCCAUGCCUUUGUGAUGCGCUAGGAUUUAUAGUAAAGACGAAACACUUCCUGCCUUAACAUGAGAUAUUGAUACCAGGAAUUGCAAGCCAGCCAAUGUUGGAGGGCCAUAUGAAUUUUGAAACUAGACAAUCUUUAAAAGGUUCAAGAAUGGUGAGAAAUACUGAUUUACGCCAAUGUUCUGACAGGAAUUAGAAACUAGAUUAAAAGAGUUGCAACAACUCACAAAAACCAAACUGGUCUUCUAACCUCGGACCUUCAUCCUUGACGCAUUCUUGUCUAACACCUGAAUACAGAGAUUUAUUAAAGUAUACAUGUUUGACACUAGUGUAUGACACAUGAACUGGAGAUAUGACUGCUAAAUGCAUGGCAAAGCUUAGAAUAGUCUAACCAUGCCAUAUGAUAUACAGGUUGAUAUACAACAUUCAUACCCAGUCAGAGGAACACAGCUUGUAUCACAUCCAUAAAGGAAUUGGGUACCUCACCUAGCAAGAGAUGCUUUAUAUACCUCACCUAGAAUUGAACAAAAUCUGGAUCAUUCGAUAUAAUUAAUGAAAUUAUAACGCAGGAAUGCUUUGAUUGCUAUGCCACUUUUGUUGGUAAUAAACGCAGGAUCAAGUACGAACUACUGGUGCAGGAAGACAAUGCUUGGGAGCCAAAAAGUGAGAAUUAUUACAUUGAACAUGGAAGCAUAUAAUCAUCCAACAUCUUCCCCAUUAACUAAAGACACUAAACAUCGGUAGUGCCAUUGCCAACUGAAAAACUAAUACUUGAAGUGCCAAGUUCGUAAUACUAAAAAAAUUUGGGGACAAGAAUGUCAUUGUCCAUAGAAGCUUUAAGCCGAAAUGAAAAUCUGGUACAAUACCAUUUUUAUGCUUUAUUCCUACACCAAACUCAAUUCACUCAUGCAAACCAACUAUGAACAAAAACCAACCCUGCUUCAGUGGUGAGCCUUUGCUUCAGCUUUCCUUU